GAACCUCAAUGCUCGAAUGCUCUGCGAAAAAGCUCCCACCUUUGCGCUCUCAUCUGCUCUCUCUUCUCCGCGAAUGCAAAUCCACGCCCCAUCUCAACCAAAUCCUUGGCAUCCUCUUCACCUCCGGCCUCUCCUCGCAUCCUCUCUCCAUCACUAGCCUCGCCAGCGCCGCUGCUCGUUCGAUGUCCGGCGGCAUUUCACUCGCUUUCACCUCCGCUGCGUUUCAUCAAAUUAGAUCGCUCGCGUCGCCGGAUGCUUCUCCUUGGAAUGCCAUGAUAAGUGCUUGCUCUCUGCUUUCUUGCAAUUCGAAUGCCGUUGAUUAUUAUGCUCUGAUGGUCCGUGAAGGCGUGAUUCCUAAUCAGCAUACUUAUCCUUUACUUUUGAAAUCCAUGUCUGGAAUUGAGAGUAAAAAUGUAAACUUGAUUCAUUCUCAUAUUGUGAAGCUUGGAUUUGAUUGUGAUCCGUUUGUGAGUAACUCUUUAGUGGCAUGUUAUGCUGGCGUUGGUGAUUUGGAGUCUGCCUGUGAGGUGUUUGAUGAAAUGCCUCAGAGAGAUAGGGUUUCUUGGAUUGCUUUGGUUCAUGGACAUAUCAAGUGUGGUUUAGCAGGGAAAGGUUUGAGUCUUUUUGUGCAGAUGAAAAAUGAUGAUGUUGAGAUUGAUGAGGUGACUAUUGCUACUGUACUUAAGGGUGCAGGGAUGGUUGGAAAUGUUUGGUUUGGGAGAUGCAUUCAUGGUUUCUAUUUGGAAUCUGGGAGAGUGAAGUGGGAUGUAUAUCUAGGGAGUGCUCUUGUGGACAUGUAUGGUAAAUGUGAUAGUUGUGAUGAUGCUAGGAAAGUGUUUGUAGAGAUGCCUUUAAGGAAUGUUGUCACUUGGACUGCGUUGAUCGCUGGUUAUGUUCAUUGUAGUAGAUUCAUGGAUGCUCUACUUGUGUUUCAAGAUAUGCUUGUUGAGCGAUUGAUACCGAAUCAAGUGACAGUGAUUAGUGUUCUCACCGCUUGUGCGCAAUUGGGGGCAUUGGAUCAAGGAAGAUGGGUCCAUAACUACAUCAGGAGAAGCAAAUUGGGAUGUGAUUCUAUUGUUGGGACAGCAUUAGUAGACAUGUAUGCAAAGUGUGGAUGCAUAGACGAUGCACUCGCAGUUUUUAAUGGCUUACAGCAUAAAGGUGUCUUCCCUUGGACUGCCUUGAUUAACGGGUUGGCGACACAUGGACUGUCUGUCGAGUGUUUGGAUCUAUUCUCGCAGAUGCUGAAGGAAGGGGUGAAGCCGAAUGAAAUCACAUUAAUAGGUGUUCUUUGCGCAUGUGCACGCGGAGGACUUGUAAAUCAGGGCUGUAAGUAUUUUGAUCAAAUGCUUACUGAUUUUGGAAUCAUGCCUACGGUAGAGCAUUAUGGAUGCAUGGUUGAUCUCCUGGGGAGAGCAGGGCAUUUGGAGGAAGCCUUGUGUUUGAUAAAGAGUAUGCCGAUGGAACCAAGCCCCGGCAUCUGGGGAGCUCUAUUUGGUGCCUGUAUGAUCCACAGAGAUUUUGCAUUAGGGGAGAGGAUAGGUGAACAUCUUGUUAGAAUGCAACCACAUCACAGUGGUAGAUAUGCACUUUUAGCGAACAUGUAUUCGAGUUCGCAGAAGUGGGAUGAGGUUGCAGAAAUAAGGAAGGCGAUGAAGGAACAAAAAGUAGAAAAGAGUACAGGAUGUAGUUGGCUAGAAGUGAAUGGCUCUUUACAUGAAUUCAUUGCUUUCGAUCAUUCACAUCCUCAAUCUAAGGAUAUAUAUGAAACCUUAGAUGCCAUGACAUUACUAAUGAUGGAUUAAAACUCAUUAUUGGCGCAUCAUAAACCACAGUUCAUCUUUCCCACGGGCAGUUUUGAGAUUAUCUAGAUUCUCAUGUCUGCAUGCCGUAUUCUGAAUCAAAUUGUGAUUGAAACGUGAUCCAACACUUGUGAAUACAGAUUGAAUUCAGAAUCCAUACAGUUCUCCCUUAAUUGAAGUUACCAGCAAUUUAAAGGUGUGUCCAGCUUGUCUUAACUUGUAUUCUCAGCAGACAU